AUGACAAUUAUAAAGAUAGGAGGAACUCGGGCGGCGCUUGGCGAUGUUCCAUUUCAGGUGGCCUUCAAACAAAGUCGAAAUAAGCGCUCUUCUCAGUACAGAACUUUUUGCGGAGGGAGCAUAAUAACACCAACAAAAAUCCUCACUGCAGCCCAUUGCUUUGAAAGUAGGCAAUUGUGUGACCUCAGCAAAUGUAAAUUUUGGCAGAGAGAAAAAGCCGUCAGCUCGCACCUCAUAAAAAAUACAUACGCCGUGGCUGGUACCCUCUUGAACGCAGAGGAUCGUCGACAGCAAAACCCAUCAAGCCAGUGGAAGAGGCUCUCAAGAGGAGUAUACCCAGCUAGCUACAGGUUCCCUAGAUCGGACAUAGCUAUCAUAACGAUAAGAAAACCGUUCACAAUAAACAGCUACGUUCAACCGAUACCUACAGCGAUCCGCCAUGUAGAAUAUAAUAUGGCCUGCCAGGCUUCUGGCUACGGUAGACUGUCACAUUCAGAUCGCGACCAGCAAUUAUCUCCAUAUUUAUAUGUGGCAAAUAUGCAUAUGAUACCGACGAUUUACUGCAACAGAAUGCACGGCAAAAAUAUGUAUCGCUUCGUUUGUACUUCAUCGAGAAUGCCUGAUACUGCAAAAGGAGAUUCAGGCGGGCCUAUAGUUUGCAAAUCUACUGGCGAUCCCAAUGAAAAAGAAAAAGGAGUUUUAGUUGGAAUUGUAAGUGGUCACCGCGUCGGUGUUGGCUCAUUUUUCACAAGAGUUUCUUCGUUUACAAAGUUCAUAAAAGCACACAGCCAAGCAACAAGGAUAUCUAAUACUGUUAAGUCUGCUGUAAUAUUGACAAUAUACGCGGCGUUUUAUCUAUGUUGA